AUGGACUCCCGACAACCACCGCCUCCAGCGCCACCACCGCCACCGUUGUCGACAGCGUCUUCAUCCUCGCAUUCCCAGCAUCCCUUUCCGCCGCGAAACAACCCAUCACCACACUACGGCCGCGCAGCAUACCCACCGCCUGACGCGCGCUCUCCAUCAGCGCCGUCGUCCGCCGCGUACGGCGAUCCCAAGGGCCAGCACCAGCCGCAUCCUCAUCAACCGCCUCAUCCACAACAUCCACAACAUUCACAGCACUCACAACAUCAUCAACCGCAUCCCAGCGCCCAUCGACGAGGGCCCUCUGACUCCUCCUUUUACGCGCAGUCGCGCUCCGCGUACCCAUCGCACCCGGCCGGGCCCGACGUGGCCAGUCCCAGCUCCAACAACCCGCCUCCCCAUUCCGUCGCCAACCACGCCCGCAACCCGAGUGCCCCAUCGCUAAGUCGCGCGAUGCCGCCACACUCUGCCUCGCCGCCCCCUCCGCUGCAGGGCAGCGGCAGCAACAACGGUAGCCCUGGUGGUCCUGGCGGUCCUGGGGGUCCUGGUGGGCCACCACCGCCGCCGGGCCAUCACUCGCCAUAUACACUGCCUCCGCCACGCGUCGGGUCGUCCUCCUCGGCGUUUCCGUCUGUGCGCGAGCUGCCAUCACUCUCGUCCCUGCCGCGCACCGGCAGCUCGGGCAGCUCAAUGUCGAUAUCGUCCAUGCUGGGCGGCCCGUCCAUGGGCCACGCGCGUGAGCAGUCAGGGCCACCGUCGUAUGGCCCGCCACCGCCGCAACAGCCCGCGUCCGCAGGGCCCCCGGGAAGCGGACCUGGUUCUGCCUACGCGUCGAGCAUUCACGCCUCGCCACGCAUGCGCUCGGCUGCCAACGACUACAGCCCCUACCGCCGACCGCAGACGCCUCCGGACCACCAGCGGUCCUACGACGCGCGUGAUUCGCGGGACGGACGCGAUCCUCGAGACACGAGAGGCCCCAUCGCCGCCUCACCCCAGCAAGCCGGCAUGUACGUCACCACGCCCGAAUUGCCGCGCUACGGGACCCCCCAGUCGUAUGCGCAUCCCCAGCGCGGCCCGCCGCCACCCAGCGAUCAGCAAUCGCGGAUGGCUGCCAGCAUACCGCGCCCCAACAGCCAGCCCAAGUCCUAUCCGCGCGGUCCGCCGCCUCCGGGCGAGCAGCAACAGCAGCCGCAGCAACACGGGGGUCCGCCUCUGCCGCACGCCGACGCCAUGUACGCCCGCCGUGACGAACACCGCGGGCCACCUCUGCCGGACUACAGCCCUGACCAGCGCGGCCGCAUGUACAAGUACGAAGACCAGCACCCACCACACCCGCCGCAACAUACACUACCCUACUUGUCCGAGAGAGAACGCGAACGCGAGCGGGAGCGGGAGCGCGAGAGAGAGCGGGAGUGGGAGCAGCGUGAACGCCAGGCCCGGGAGAUGGAGUUUCGCGACCGUGAGCGGCGAGACCGAGCCAAUACCGGUGGGUCGGAUCCUGGUGGACUCCGCCCACCCCCCGGUGCGCUCGGCCCCGACUACAACACACAGCGGCAUCCGCAGCAAGGCGGCCCUGGCCUUCCUCAGUUUGGCCGUCCGCAAGAUGCUCGCGAACCCUCACAUGAUCCACGCGAUCUGCGCGACCUACGCGACCCCCGCGAUGCUCGCGAUGCUCGCGAUGCCCGUGAUGCCCGUGGCGACCCCCGUGGUGACCCGCGCGAUCCGCGCAGCGGCCAAGCCUCCUGGCGACCACCGUACGAUCAGCAAGGCCGGCCGUACGAGCAUGGCCGAUCAGGCGAGUACCCAGCCUCGGCCGGUCCCGGUCACAACCAGCCACCACCGCCGCCGCCGCCGCCUCCACCAUCGCAGUACCCUCCUCACGGGCCGCCGGCACCCGGCCAAGACCGCUACCCUCCGACAACCCUUCCUCCCUCACACCAUCCCUCGGGUGGUCCGUCGCCAUACGAGUCGCCUGAUCGAAACCGCAUAGGCCUCGGCCACCCGUCGGGUCCGCAAGGAGGACCGCAGGCGCCGCCUCCGCCGCAGCACCAGCACCAGCAGGGACCUGUGCAACCGCUGCCACAGCAACAGCAGCAACAAGGUCCUCCGCGCUUCUCCGUGCCACCACGGCCUCGCCCAAUGGACGACGCGCCGCCGCCGCCUUCGGUUGCGUAUAGUGCUCGUGGUGCUGGUGGGAAUGGCGGCCCACCUCCUCCUCCGCCUCCCCCUGGAUACGACACGGCCCCGCCUCGCCAACGGUCUGCAGAAGAGGCCGCACACCACCCACCGCGGAACCUACUGGCCAUCCAGGAGAUGAACCGCCGCGGUCGCGUGUCCCCCCUACCGCGGGCGGUCCAAGGCGCCCAAUCACAAAUUCACGGCCCUGCCGGCGAGCCCUCCAUUAAGAGCGAGUUUGGCCGCAUGUACGUUGGCAUUGGAAACGGCGUCGGCAUGGGCCUCAGCAGCCCCAUCACGUCCGGCGCCACCUUGCCCUUCUCUAACGGCAACGGCGGUCCCACCAGUGCCGACGGCGCAGCCCAUGACGCGGCGGCUGAUGCGCCAACCAAGCCGGCCAAGGGCAAGCGCCGCAAGGUCGCAAAGGAUGACCCAGCCAAGCUUGCCGGUGUCGAGGACGAUGGCAGCGGUCGUGGCACGCCCGCUGGCAAAACCAAACGCACUAAAACGGCCCACCACCAUCACCAUCACCAUACCCCCCACCACCACCACCACCAUCACCCUGACCAGACCAUUUCUCCGUCGACCGCUUUGUCCGUCCUAAAGAAUGGCAAGGGUGCGACGCCUGUCCCUCUUCCUGCCAGCGUGGCCGGCCCCUCUCGCGACUACAACGCAGCCCAGAUCCCUCAAGCCGUGGCCCGACCUGCCUUCCAGCAACCCCUUCAGACAUCGCCGCCGCAAUAUCCGCAACACGCCCCGCACUUGUCCCCAACCAAUCCACCCAAUGGUGCAUUUGCGCCCAUCCAGGCGGCACCUGCCGUGGUCAAGCCGAAACAGAUCGUUCUCUCGCAGGCGGUCGUCGAUAGUGUAGCCGACCAACCGCGCAACUACCUCGGCGACGUCCUGUACGAGCCCAAGCUCAAGGCCGCACGCAAGUGCGAUCCUCUCACCGGCCGGCCGCCGCGCUACCCGUACUCGACCACGCCCCGCCCCUUGCCCCUCGAUAUGAUCAAGGACAAGGCCAACAGCAUCUUGACGGUCAAGGUCAACAAGCUCUUCUUGGCGUCCGCCGCCCGUGAAGAAAUCACCCACCGUCGCGCCCUCUGGGGCACCGACAUCUAUACCGACGACUCGGAUGUCGUGGCCGCCUGUAUCCACGGCGGCUGGAUCCGCGGCGAGUGGCCAGACGAUGUCGACGUCGACAUGCUGGGCCUCGCAGAGCAGGCCGACGCACUGGCUGGCGGCUCCGGCGGCUCCGGCGGCUCCGGCGGCAGCACAGCGAAAGAGAAAGAAACGACGAGCCGCAAACAGCGCGCCGCCGCUGCCGCCGCCCUGGAGCACGCGCGCAACCAGCCCCUGCCCGAUCUGCUGACUGCGCCGCUCAAGACCGGGCCCAUGGACAUCCCACCCGGCCGCGACCUGCACGUGACUCUCCUCGUGCUGCCCGCCCUCCUCAAAUACGGCGCCACCACCCGCUUCGGCAUCCGCAGCCGCGAGUGGGGCGGCCCGCCGCACGAGCCGCAGCACCAGCCGCACGACGGCAUGAGCUUCAAGGUGCUCAAGAUACGCUGGGUGGUCAACGGUGCGGGCGCGCAGAACCGCCUGCGCGGGAAAGCACGGCGCGAGCGCAUGCGGCAGGCGAUGCGCGAGGUGGAUCUGUCGGCGUCGCAGAGCGAGGGCAUCAAGCUGGGCUUUGGAUUCGGUGGCGGCGCGCCUACGGGCGACGAUGCGCACGCCGGUGUCGGUGCCGGUGCCGGUGCCGGUGCCGCUGACGCCCAGUGGUGGCGUCCUCCCCCGCGCAAGGCGGAGGCUGGCGACGGUGACAAGGAGAACCGCCCUGGCUCGACCGAGCGCGGCGAGACCGCAGCCGCGGUUGCUGAGACGAAUGGCGACAAGGACCGUGCCGCGGCCGAGAAGGAUGCCGUGUCGACUGCGGAGGUGGCUGCACCCAAGGGCGACGACGCCAAGCCGUCGGAUGGGACGUCGGCAGACAAGGCAACCCUUGCCAAGACGGCUACGGACAACGACGGCACAGCGGCGACGGGCACCGACGCAGCAGCCGGUGAUUCUGCGGCCGCGGCCGAGGACCCCGACACGACAAUGACGGAUGCUGGGAUGGACGACUAG